AUGUCAUUGACAGUGCCAACCUUGACGAGUUCGCUCAUCGGCGCGACUUCGAGAUCCUCGCUGUGGCCGCCGCCCAGCUAUGCUCCGGCCGCCUAUCCAUCCUAUUCGAGCUAUACGCCCGCUGCCGUAACCUCAGCAUUCGUUCCUCUGGAGACGUGGACUCCUCCAGUCAGCUGUCAAGGAGAAGCUCCGACACUCACCUGGGAUAUGGGACUGCAUUCUCAGCCGAGCAUCCUCGCCCUGAACCAGUUUUACCGUACCACUGUUGCGGGAAACGGUGAGCCUACCACGAGCACCGUUGGAUAUGAAUGCUUCCCACCGGGCUAUCGAUGGGACGAAGACGGUGAAUUUUACUUUACUCCCGGUGUUUGUCCAAUUGGCUAUUAUGAGGCAACUUCUUCCGUCACCACUUCCUUCACUAGGACAGAGACUGAAGGAUACUGCUGCCCUUCGUGAGUUGAAACCACCAUUUCCGAGGGUUUGCGGUGCUAAUUGGAUAUCUAUCUAGUUCCUACUCGGCCUAUUCGACCGGCAUUGGCUGUUACAGCAAUCUGGUCAGUCACUCCGCUCCGAUAGUGGGCUACAAGUUCCUGCCCGCAAGUGGUCUCAUCAACAAAACCACCGUCACCUUUUACGAUGCUGUCACCUCGGUCUCCGCCUUCGCGGCGGCCACGGUCAUGGCCACGUUCCCAUCGAUGACGGCCCCACCACAAGUGAUCAGACCCGCGAUCCUGAUCCGUUACGGCGGGACAGCGGAAAACGACACUUCCUCCGGCUUCAACAUUAGUACCUUCAAAGUGGGCGCCUUGAAGCUCACAACACUCAUCUACAUUAUUGCGGCGGUGAUAUUCUGCUUGAUUCUGCUCUGCGCGUGUGCCUGCUACCGCAAGAGACGCAGACGGACCCCGGUCCUACUCUUGGUCCCGGACCGGAAUCCGACCCCGCGGCCAAUCGUCAACAAUCAUACAUCAUGGGCCCCGACUCCGCAGAAUGCGUAUCCUGCUUCCCCGCCCCCGAGAUAUCCUGCGCCUGUGAAUGCGUUCAAUCCGAGGAGGGCAGAGUUGCCUACAUAUGUCCCGCCGCCAGCAAAGCCAAACCGUGGGUUGACAAACGCUCCUCCUGUCGAUCCUUUUGCUAGAACCCCAGGACCAGCUAUACCGCGACCUCCACCUGCGGUGCCAAAGCCCCCACCUGCCCCAGCAACACCGGCGCCACCACACACUUUCGGCAACACCGGCCCCGACCAUGUUCCCUCACACUCUGAAGCAGGUGACAGUGAUGGCGAUGCCGAUUCCCCUGGAACCGGAGAGGAAGACGCCCUGACACGAGAGUUGUUUGCGGCAGUUGUUGCUGGUGCUCUUGAGGCGGCUGAAUCUUCAAAGCCAAAAGGCCCGUCCAAGGCACCCCCCAAAUUCGCUGUCCCUGCUCUGCCACCAUCUCGACCUCCUGUCCGACCCCCCGCGUCCCGCUCACCACCUCCGGGUGACAACCCAUUCGCAAGCGACAUCCCGAUGCAAGACCUUCCGCCGCCCGCCCGCUCUCCCGCCCCGCAAAGCGACUUCCUCAACACCCUGCUCUCCUCCGCCGGCCCGUCAGGACCUAGGUUUUUAGUGCCCGCGUCAUCCGCAGCACCCGCCGUCACCGGAAAACCGACACAUGGAGAAUCCCUAGCGGACAAGCUGGACCUCGAGCCUAUGAUACUCGCCUCCUCGCGGAACACGCGUGACAUAACCGGUGCAGAGGUCCGUGAAUGUCGGGAAUUGGUGCAACAACUAAAGGGCGGUAACAGCUCGGCUCAGAGAGGGGUAUACAAGGCUGUCCGCCGGAUGGCCUCUUCCAGGGAUGCGUGGAACGCGGAGGAUUGGGAUAGAGUUUUGGAGGUUAUCAGGAGGUUGGGGGUUCAAUAUGGGAUUGAAGUUUCGGUGUGACUUUUUUAUAUCUUUUUGAGUUGGGCGGUUGCAUUCUUUAAUUUUUCUAUUCUCUCAUUGUUUGGGGAGGGAUUCUUUCUGACUAUUUUCGGUUGCGGUGUGGCGGCGGUGCGGAGUGGGCUUGUUGUAUUUAUUGCAUCAACAUCAUCCUCUUGUAAUUGUCUAAUUUAAUAGAAGCGUUGCGGGGACGAGACGGAACGAGUGUCUGGCGGCUGGUGUUGAUGCGACAGGAAACUCUCGCGGAGGAGCUCUCUGAAUUGCACGGGUAGCAACGUAUAGUAACGUGCAGGCUCCUCCUAUUGAGCGGUCUAAGGACCGGUAUUGUGUGAACCCUGUCGGAAAGUCGCUUUAUAGAUCGCGGCUACCGUACCACAGUACUCGGCACAAGGCGAUGGCGAAUGGGAGGAUUUUCUCAAGGAUAUCAAUCAGCUUAUCUGGGUUGUAUCAACGGGGUGUCGGAGAGUGUCAUGGGCGGGAUGAGGUGUGCAUAUCACGAGAGGUCACGGCCGUGGAUAUACGGGGUACAAGAAGCCAUCCAGUCUUACCCAUGCCGGGACGUUGGAAGCGCUGGUUAAAAAACAUGCGUUCUGAAUAGCUCCGAGAAAAAUAUUAAUUGUGGAGAGAGAAAAGAACAGAAGAGUAUACACUAAUAAUUGCAAAUAUAAAACAUGGAAAACAAAAAACACAUAACUUAGUGAAUGUUGGGCACGACAGCAAUCUAUUAUUUUACAGCCAUGAUUUACCAUUGUUCCAAGCACCCCCUUAUACUAUACUAUGAAUGUACCCAUCUCCCUGGAAGGAAACUGUAUAUCGUUCCAAGUCCAAGUUUGCCAGUUUGAUGGGAGCACUGAAUGCUGUCCUUUGAUCUCUUCACAAAGCCAGGUCACAACAGCAAUGGUAAAUGUGCUGAGUGCUACAGGCCCACAGUGGAUUAUGCAAGUAGGUCUCCAAAGGAUUCCUACUAUGCUGUUGUGACUUACGCUGCCAAACUGCACAACUCUUGAACAUGCCAAGUGCUCUGCCUCUGAAGGUCAGUGACAGGUACCCACUCCAAGACCUUAUGUCAUAUCGAUCAACAUUAG